AUGCCACUGGGACAAAACUUUGAAAACUUCCAAACAGCAGCAUCAGAUGCAACUAGAAUUCUCAUAAGAAAUAUCAAUACCGAGUGGCAGAGAUUGGAAAAACACAAACAGCUUUUAGAUGCGAAAGAGGAAGAAAGGACUUCGUGCCAAGAGCAUCUACGACAUUUGCAUGAAAAUAAAAGUAUGAUUGAAAAACAACUGAUAUCGGCGGAAAGAAGAACACAGUCUCUGAAAAAUUCACAUAGUGAAUUAAAGCGAAGCCUUAAUAAUAUUCGAAGACAAGAGGAUAAAGCCUCAAGAAAUUUCAAUUCAGAGAAACAAAUGUUAAGCGAAAAACUUGCAUACUACCAAGCGAAAUGGCGAGAGCGCUAUGAAUCACGUUAUGCAAAUAAACCUUUAAUUCAAGAAUAUGAAAAGGCAAAAAAUGCUUUAGCGGAUAAAAGGGAAGAACUAAAGAUUUUGAAAUCAGCUCUUCACGGAUGUAAAGCUGAUAUUUUCAAAGCCAAGUGUGAGAGAGGUAAAAGAAAUGUGGAAGAAAGUGGGUUUUAUCCUUUGGAGUCUUUUAUAAUUCGCAUAGCCAGCAUAGGAGCUGAAGUGAAGAAGUUAGAAACCGAAGAAAGUCAUUUAUUGAACAAUAUUAGGAUUUUGCAGCGAGAAAUUAGUAACAAAGAGAAAUUGGCACAGUUGAAAACACAAAAUGCCAAGGAAGUUGAAAAGACAAAGACAACGACUGGACUUGAGAAAAUCAAGGAAAGCAUCUUCUUUAAAAAAGCAUCGGAGGAAUCUAUAAAAAGAAAAGAAAUGUCGGAUAAUUCUUAUUCUAUUCCUCAAAAGAUAAUACGGACGAAAGAAGAUUCCUUGUUAAAUAAGUAUAGUAUCAAACAAACUAAGGCAAUUCAUGGUGUUGUAGCACAAACGCCGAUGAGACAGAAAGGAAGUGAAGACUUUAAGGGAGGUAUUCAAGAAGAAAGAAUCAGAAAUCGUAUCGAGAAACUUAAGUUGUAUACUCCAACAUUCUUUUCACCUCCUGAUUUGUCAUCAAAGAAUAGCACUAAAGAUUCAACUUCGAAAGAAAUAAGACGACAAGAUAAUGAUUCAGUGAUUUCCGAAAAUUGCCAAACAUCGUUUGUUAAAAAUGCAAUUCAAAAUCAGAGUGCAGAUUUACAAAACGAAAAUUCAGACAAUACUCCAUCAAGAGCAUCAGAUAUCAAUGAAUCUCGAGCUCAGCUCCAGACACUGAAAAGUAAAACAAUACAUAGCAUUCAAAAAGUCAAUUCUGGACAACGCUAUGUAAAUUCUCAGAAGGAAACAGCUUUCCAAUCUAAAGAUUAUGUGUCACCUGCAUUGCAAACGUUUAAAGAGAAGAAUAAAAUAACCGAAACCAGAGUUCAUAAGCCAGGCAAAUUUUCAAAGCAUGAACAGUCAAUUAAAAGCAGUAUUACUCAAAGUUUUUCUGAUACAGGCGAAAAAGAAAUUCCCUUUAUUAAUGAAACUGAUUCAAUAAAAGCAUCUCGAGGACUUUCUACAAAUAGUGAGAAAGAAAUGGAAUUCGCCUUUGAAACUGCGUCAGACAUUCUGAAAAAGACGUCUGAAAGUUAUAAGAAGACAACAGGAUUUCAGAAAGAAAUUAAUUCGCCAAAAGUAUUAAGGGAAUUUUGUAAAAUCAGUGAUAAAGACCGAUCUAUUAACGAAACAAAAUCAGAGAAAAUUCAAAGAUUACACGUUAUAAGUGAAGAAAAUAAUUCGAAUGAAAUAAAUUUAACAACAUCUAGUGCUGUUUCUUUAACAAACAGAGGUAAGAUUGAAGCUUUUACUCAAAAGACUUUUUCAAGAGCACAGGAAGCAAGAAAGGCUGAAGAUUAUGAAACUUCAGCUUUGGAAAUUCUGACAAAAUAUCAAUCAUAUAGAAAUGCUCAGAAUAUGGAUAGUGAAAGAGAUCAGCAAUUCCGCUAUAAUGAGCUAGCAGAAGAUUCUCAAAUUCUAGAAAAUGUUGAUGAAAAAUUUACUUACAAGAGAGAUACAGGCAAACAUCAAAAUAUUCAGCUUUCUCAAAAGUGUAAAACUAGUUCAGUCCCUGCAAAAAUAUUACAAGAACAUACCGAUCAUAUGGACGAAGAAAUACAAGAUAUAAAUGAAGACUUAACAACCGUUUAUGAAAAUGGAAAGUCACUAUCUACGAAAUCAGACAUUAAUCACGAACCUAUGGAUACCGAUCAUUUUCAAGAUGCUGAGAUCUUAACUGAAGAUAAUGUUCUUGAUAAAAAAUAUAUGUCUGAGAAUACUGUCCAUCCAGAAUAUGAGAAUCUCAGCUAUGAUAAGAUUUCAGAAAAAACGAUUUCUGUAGAUGUGGAAGACAAUCAAUCUUCUUUGAAGAUUUCGAAUUCUUCUGCAGUUAUUAUGGAUAAGAGUGAAAAUGAGAUUCACGUAAGCAAUUCAGAGGAAGUUAAUCAGUUGAAAAAUAUUCUACCAACUUCUGAUAAGCACAAUGUCUCUUAUUCUCACCCAAAUGAAGCAUCACAAGAGAUUAGAGAUAAUCAGCCUAAAAAUGUACUUCCAGCUUCUUCUGUACUUGGUGUCUCCUAUCCUAUUACUCCACAAGACUUCGGAAAUGAUCGUGUAAAUAGUAUGCUAAACAAAGAUAGUGCAAAGAUUCAGGAUGCAGCAGGGACCAUUCUGAUGAAGCCCAGUGAAAAACUUGAUGAAGACAAUGAAAGAAACCUGCAUGAAGAAAUUGAACCACCGAAUCAUAUAAAUGAAUCACAGUUCGAAAAAUCGCAAUCAUCAUCUCAAUUGAAUGUUCAAGAGCCAGAAGGAAUUUCACCAAUGAUAUACCAGGAAGCACUAAGUUCUGCGAAUUCGUCAUUGGUUGAAAAUGGAACAUCCUUGAAUAAGGUAGUUGAAGCAGGAAUUCUUCCAUGUAGUAGCAAAUCCUCAGCGUCCAGCGAAAUGCAAUAUUACACGCCAAAAUCAACAGAUUUCUCAAGUAGGUUACUACCAAAUUUCCACUCACCUGCCAUUGACGAGACGAAGCCACUAACUCCCCAAGAAGCCAGGAAUGCACCUAGUCCGUUCGAUUUCGAAAAACACAUGAAGGUGUUAGGAGACCUUAAGAAAACACCUACUUUUAUGUACCAGACACGGCAAAUGUAUAAAAACGACAACGAUUCUCUACCAAAAGAACCGCAAUCCCAAGAACCAAAUGAAAUCGGAAAAGACCUAUUCAGCACCUUUAGUUUCUUUGAAGGUUCUAUGACAGGAAAAGAGACUAGCCCAAAGGCAAAAGAAAAUGAGAAAUCGAAAACCGAAGAUACGGGAUUUCUGUCUUUUGCUUUAGAAGAUUAUUUAGCAGAUUCACCAGCUUCGCCAGCAGAGGCUGGCAAAGAAAAGUCUAUGUUUUCGUUUUCAUCCGAUUCUCCAAAGGCUGGUGUUAAGUCACCUCCGGGUUUCUUUCCCUUAUUUGCUGCUGAUACACAGGAAACGUCUAAAGAAGCAAAAUCUGGUUUUGUUCUGAAUUUUGGUGGCAAUGAAAAGGUACAGUCUCCGGAGGAAGGAUCAUCUUUUAAAUUUCUUUUUUAA